CUUCAUCACAGGCUGGACAGUGAGCGAGCGCGAUUACUGAAAUGCCUAGCAGAGGUAAAUGAGGACAGAGACAAGGCGGACAUGCUCGCCGACAAGCUCACACGAGAGGUGAACGAGCUCCAGAGCAAGAUCAAAGGGCUCAGCGAGGGCGAGUACGCCGCGGCGAAGCUGGACGUCGACCGGCUCCGGAAGGAGCUCGGCCAGUCGCCGCUGCCAAGCCUGCAGGCGACGAUCGAGGAAAAGUCUGUCCAGUACCUCAAAGACCUCCGCACGCAGCUCGAGGCGAGCGCGGCACAGGCGUCGAAGCGCAGCGCCGCAGACGACGGCGGAGGCGGCGGUGGUGGGGGCGGCGGUGGCGACGGCCAGCCCGGCGCGAAGCGGCCUCGGGGCCGGCCCAAGGGGAGCAAGAACGGCAAGAAGGCCAAAGCGGCCGUCGACGCUGCUACCGCUGCUGCUGCUGCUGCCGAUGCGGCGCUCACGCCCACAGCUUCGUCUGCCGCGGCGCCAACGGGACCUGCGGCAACUACGGCGCUCAGGGCGCCCGCGCUGGGCUCCGCGGAUGGCGCGGCGUGAGCGGCUUCUACCUCUGCUCUGCCAAGAGCGGUGGCGGGCGGCGCCCAGUGCGCGAGGGUGUGUGGGCGCGCGCAACAGACUACGGGCGGUGCAGUGGGGCCCCGCCCCGGGGGUGCCUCCACGGCAGAGCGUACUGUGCAGAGCACGCUAAGCUCCUUUCUUUUUCCUCGGACGUGGAGAGGGGGAGGGCUGCAACUGGCAGGCACGAACGGAUCUGAACGGCUGUUUUCUUGUGGCACGACUAGUAGACGUUUGGUUUUUGACGCGCAAAUCUGGAACAUUU